AUGGACUAUGGUUAUGCACCUAUUAAUGGAUAUGGUGGCUACAGUGGUUAUGGCGCCGGUUAUGGUGCUCACGGACAAGGUGGCUAUGGAUUACACGCACUUCAUGGUAGGUACGGACAAGGACUACACGGACUUCAUGAUUAUGCUGGCCACAGGAAUUUGGGUGCCCAUGGUGCUCAUGUCGGCUAUGGUGGUGGCUUUAAAGACGUUGACCACUACGCCCGUAACAAGGGUGUCGGGUAUGAGAAAGCUUACUCUUACGACAAGAAGUCCGGCUUUCAUAAUGCUGGUGGUUCCCAUGGACUGUACGGUGCACAGCAUGGAUUGAACGAUUAUGGUGGACACCGCAAACCU